AUGCGUUUUUAUGUGGGAAAAAAUAGAGUAAAUCUUUUAUUAACUCUCCAGGAGGUGUUUGGUUACCAGACCCAGAAUCUACGCAGAGCUCUCUGCCUCAUAACAUCCGUGCUGACCUGUGGGGUCCUUCUCCUGUUAUUCUACUGGAAGCCCCAGUGGAGGGUAUGGGCCAACUGUAUCCCAUGCUCCUUGCAAGAAGCAGACACUGUUUUGCUAAGGACAACGGAAGAAUUUCAAAGAUAUAUGAGGAAGAAGGUAAUCUGCCUCUACUUAUCCACACUGAAGUUUCCUGUAAGCAAGAACCCAGAAGAACCCCUGGUGGCUGACUACCACUCUGUCAUAAACCAAGCCAUACUGAAGCCAGAAUUAAAAUUGCAAUGUAUCCAAGUGCAGAAAAUCAGGUAUGUUUGGAACCACUUGGAGAAGAGGUUUCAGAAAGUUGGGUUGUUGGAAGAUAGCAACACCUGCUACGACAUCCAUCAUACGUUUGGACUGGGUCUGACCGGUGGAGAACAAGAGGUCAGGAGAUUAGUGUGGAGGCCAAAUGCCAUUGAGGUUGAAAUCCAACCCACGUGGAAGGUGCUUGUUAAACAGGUUUUACAUCUAUGCUACGUGUUUCAAGCCUUUACCCUCACUUUGUGGCUGUCUCAAGGUUACAUCGAAUACUCAGUGGCCAUCAUCAUUGUUCUCUCCAUUGUCUUAAGUGUGUACGAUUUGCGACAGCAAUCAGUUAAGCUGCACAACCUUGUGAAGGAUCACAACAAAGUCCAGGUUACAAUCAUUGUAAAAGGCAAAGGUUUGCAGGGGCUAGAAUCCCUUCUCUUGGUUCCCGGAGAUAUUCUUAUUCUUCCAGGAAAACUUUCAUUGCCAUGCGAUGCUGUUCUGAUUGAUGGAAGCUGUGUGGUGAAUGAAGGCAUGCUCACAGGAGAAAGUACACCUGUUACAAAGACACCAUUGCCCCAAAAGGAGAACACCACAGCCUGGAAAUCCCACAGUUUGGAAGGCUAUCGGAAACAUGUCCUUUUCUGUGGAACAGAAGUUAUCCAGGUCAAGCCCUCUGGGCAGGGGCCAGUAAGAGCAGUCGUUUUGCAAACAGCUUACAAUACAGCUAAAGGGGACUUGGUGAGAUCCAUCCUCUACCCCCGGCCUCUGAACUUCAAACUGUACAAUGAUGCCUUCAAGUUCAUAGUGUUCCUCGCCUUCCUUGGAGUCAUGGGUUUCUCCUAUGCCCUUGGUGUAUAUAUGUACCAUGGAGUCUCUCCAAAAGAUACUGCAACCAAGGCCCUGCUCCUCCUCCCCGUGAUGUCCCUUCUGUGCUGCCAGCCGCCCUCCCUGACCACAGGCAUCAUGUAUGCACAAAGGAGGCUGAAGAAAAAGAAAAUCUUCUGUAUCUCCCCACAGAGAAUGAACAUGUGCAGGCAAAUCAACCUCGUGUGCUUUGACAAAACUGGCACUCUCACAGAAGAUGGACUGGACCUCUGGGGGACUGUUCCUACUGCUGACAACUGUUUCCAGGAAGUCCACAGCUUUGCCUCCGGUAAGGCUCUGCCCUGGGGCCCACUGUGUGUGGCCAUGGCCAGCUGCCACUCUCUGAUCCUUCUCGACAGGACCAUCCAGGGAGACCCACUGGACCUCAAAAUGUUUGAGGGCACAGCUUGAAUAAUGGAAGAUUGCAAUGUAGACUACUGCAAAUUUGGGAUAUCAGUUUCCAACAUAAGAAUAAAACCAGGACCAAAAACCAGUUGGAGUCCCUUGGAAGCCAUAGCCAUCUUUCGACAGUUUCCUUUUUCCUGCAGCCUGCAGAAGAUGUCUGUGGUCGUUCAGCGAGGGGAGGAUUACUUUUGUGUCUGUAUGAAAGAUGCCCCGGAGAUGCUGGCUAGGUUCUGCAGAUCUGAAACAGGAUCUAAAAUAAAGCAAGAGAAGGUGGAGCCAGAGUUAACAUUUCUGGGACUUCUCAUAAUGGAGAAUCACUUGAAAAAGGAAACAAAACCAGUCUUGAAGGAACUGAGCUAGGUCCGCAUCAGGACUGUGAUGAUUACCGCCCACUUUCUUUGUCAUCUGGGUGACAACCUUCAAACAGCGAUUACUGUUGCAAAGAAUUCUGAAAUGAUUCCUCGAGGAAGCCACGUGAUCCUUGUUGAAGCCAAUGAACCCGAAGAGUUUGUCCCUGCCUCCGUGACCUGGAAGCUGGUAGAGAACCAAGAGAAUGGGCCUGGAAAGAAUGAAACCUACAUUAACAUUGGAAACAGUUCAGUGCCUGAUGGAGAAAGAGGGAGCUGUUACCAUUUCGCAGUGAGUGGGAAAUCAUACCAAGUGAUAGUUCAGCAUUUCAGCAGCUUGCUUCCAAAAAUUCUGGUGAAUGGAAUCAUUUUUGCAAGAAUGUCCCCUGGGCAGAAAUCUAGACUCGUUGAAGAAUUUCAGAAAUUAAAUUAUUAUGUAGGCAUGUGUGGAGAUGGACCUAAUGACUGUGGGGCUUUGAAAAUGGCUCAUGCAGGCAUUUUGCUGUCAAAACAGGAGGCAUCUGUGGCCUCCCCUUUCACCUUGAAAACAGCCAACAUCGAGUGUGUGUCUCAUCUCAGCAAAGAAGGCCUAGCUGUUCUCGUCUCAUCAUUUGGGAUAUUUAAAUACUUGACCAUGUAUGGCAUAAUCCAGUUUAUGGGUACAUCACUGCUCUACUGGCAACUACAGCUCUUCAGGAUUUACCAGUAUCUCAUGCCAGAUGCUGCUACUACUUUGAUCGUCUGUUUAACAAUGGGCUCAACUCAUGCCUACCCAAAGCUGGUUCCAUACCAACCAGCAGGACAGCUCCUUUCUCCCCCUUUGCUGUGGUCAGUCUUUUAAAACACCUGCUUCACCUGCAUUGUGCAGGUCUGUGCAUUUCUCUGUGUGAAGCAGCAGCCCUGGUAUUGUGAGGUCUACAGAUACAGUAAGUGCUUUCUGGACAACCAGAGUAAUUUCUCAACAAAUGUGAGUUUGGAAAGAAACUGGACUGGAAAUGCAACUCUGAUUCCCAUUUCAGUUUUAAGCUUUCAGAGUACCACGCUAUGGCCCAUCACCACCAUCAACUGUAUCACAACAGCAUUUAUCUUUUCUAAGGGAAAGCCAUUUCAAAAACCCAUCUAUACAAACUAUAUAUUCUCACUUCUGCUGGUAUCUGCCUUGGGCCUCACAAUUUCCAUUCUGUUUUCCGAUUUUCAAGAUAUAUACCGUGGGAUGGAGUUCAUCCUAACCAUCACAUCAUGGAGGAUUUCAAUUUUGGUGGCAGCCCUCACCCAAUUCUGUGUUGCCUUCUUUGAUGCCAUCCUUCAAAAUCGAGAGCUCUGGCUAUUGAUCAAGAAAAAAUUUGGAAUCCAUUCUAAAAGUCAAUAUAAGAACUGGCAAAAAAAACUGGCAGAAGACCCAACCUGGCCUCCCACAAACAGGAUAGAUUAUUCAGGCGAUGGCACAAAUGGAUUCUACAUCAACCAAGGCUAUGAAAGCUCUGAACAGAUUCCAAAAGAAAAACUCGAAUUGGGAGGCCAAACCACAGAACAACAUUUUUGGACCAGAUUGUAA